AGAUUAUUGUCAUGAAAAGUUGGAAGAAUUUAGAAUGAUGAAAUUUAAAACUGAAGACAUGAAGAACGUUUGUGAAUUAAGAUUCUAUGAUGAAGAAAAACUUAAAUUUGAACUUGAAAGAGAACUUCAAGAAUUCAAAGAUAAAUGGGCUGCAACAACAUGCGAACUUCAUGACAGUGAGGCGAAGUUGGAAGGGACUGAAACUCAACGAAAGAAGACGUUGUUGGCUUUGAAAGAGGCAUUGGAAGCUUUGGAUGAGGAAAGACACAAAGUGAUUGCUUUAGAGGAACAAAUCAACAACUCGACACAUGAAGCAGACAAAAAUAACACAAUGAAGGAACUUUCUGAACAAGAAUUGAUGUUAAAAUCUAAAAACAAUGAAAUUGGAAAGCUCAAAGAUGAACUUAAUGAUAUGAAACGUCGCCUGUUUGUGAUGACAAACAAGGAGUUGCACGAAAAGAAUGAAGAAAUCUCAAAAUUGACAAAUGUCAUUAACAAUAUGAAAGCUGAAAAUAAUCAUUCACAAUUAUCUCGACUGUCCCUUGAACAACUCACCGAUUCUUUCAAUGAUUUGAAGAUUCAACAAUCAAUUGAACAGAAAAAUAAUGCACAACGUAAAAUUGAUGAACUUCUCAAUCAAAUUGCUGAUGCGACUAAUAAUAAGCACGUAGAAAAUGUCAUGAAACUUAAGGAACAAAUGGCGAUUGUUGUGGAAAAGCAAGAAGUUUCAGACUCAGCUUUGGAAAAAUGUGUCGAAAUUUGUUCGUUUUCUUUGGAUCAUCUCAAUGGUCUCGCACAAUUCAUGAGCAAUUUAUUGCAACAAAAAGAAUUUUGUGAAUCGCUUAGUGAAGCCACAAUGAACAUGACAUGCAAUAUGUGUCAUCAACAAAACCUUUGA